UCUGUUGAUACUGUAUAUCUUCUAGCCAGCUCUGUCAGAGAACUGCUUAUCUCCUCAUAUCAAGACGCAGCCUCACUCCACACUAGAAAACGACAAAGGUCACCCUCGUCUUCCACGCAUGUGUUUACUUUCCUUCGACAACCCGACCCUGAGACGCUGGAGAUUUCCCGAGCUGCAGAGGUUUUUCAAACAACUCUGCAAGUCCUGAAGAACAGAGUGAGACAGAGAUAUAAAAGGGAUGUCACGGCAACAGAGUUGCUUUCCUGGGAGGACGUGGAGCUGAUUGCAGAGCUUUCUCAGUGUCCUCCUCCAACACAUCCAGCCAUCUGUCUGCAAAGUCAUCUCAACAAGUACCGCUCUAUAUCUGGCCUCUGCAACAACAGGCAAAAUCCUCUCUGGGGAGCAGCCAACACUCCCUUGGUCAGGUGGCUUCCAGCUGAAUACGAAGACGGAGGGAGAGAACCCAAGGGUUGGAACCGAGGACGGCUCCAUAAUGGAUUCCAACUUCCUUCGCCAUGGGAAGUCAGCAAGAAAAUAUUGAGGAGCUCUGUUAAACGGCCAGAUGACGUCUAUUCUCACAUGCUGGUGGAUUGGGGCCAAUACAUCGACCAUGACAUAACCUUUACCCUUCAAAGCAAAGGCAGUGCUGGGGUGGACUGUUUUAACACAUGUCAAAAUGUGCAUACAUGCUUUCCCAUUGAGACAGGUGAUGCUAUCACAGGUGGACAAGGCUGCAUGCCCUUUCAUCGCUCCAGACCAGCCUGCAUAGUCAAUUUUGGAUCAAAUAUAAGUCAAGCUCUGCAGCAACAACAGAUAAAUGCCAUCACAUCAUUCAUUGAUGCUUCACUUGUAUAUGGCGACACUCCAAGGAGGGCUGGCUUCCUCCGUGACCUCUCUGGCCUCAAUGGGAAACUUGCUGUCAACGAUCAAUUCAGAGAUCCCAAAGGAAGACCCUACCUUCCAUUUGUAGCCUCUCUGCCAUCAGCCUGCAAUCAGAACCCGCACGGGGAGAGAGUGGAUUGUUUCAAUGCUGGAGACACUCGCUGUAAUGAGGAUCUUCCCCUGAUUGUUCUGCAUACAUUGUGGCUUAGGGAACACAAUCGGAUUGCAGAGGCACUGAAACACAUUAAUGGUCACUGGAACUCCGAGACUAUUUACCAAGAAACUCGCAAAAUUAUUGGAGCUCUGCAUCAGAUCAUAACCAUGCGGGAUUAUGUUCCAAAAAUCAUUGGCCAAGAGUCUUUUGAACAUUACAUUGGACCCUAUGGUGGAUAUGAUCCAACUACAGACCCCUCAGCCGCCAAUGUGUUUGCCACCGCUGCAUUCAGGUUCGGCCACGCUACCAUCUCUCCGAUCCUCAGCAGACUGAACGAGAGCUUCCAGAAGCAUGAGCACUUCCCCCACUUGAGAUUGGACGACACUUUUUUCAGUCCAUGGAGAAUAGUCAAAGAAGGUGGAAUUGAACCAACUCUGAGAGGUUCAAUUGGAACUGCAGCAUCAGCUGUCAGCGCAAACAUGCUGAUGACAGAGGAGUUAACAGAGAGGCUGUUACUCUUGAACGUGUCACAGCACAUGGACCUGGCUUCGUUGAACCUGCAGAGAGGACGUGAUCACGCUCUCCCAGGAUACAAUGAUUGGAGAUCAUUCUGUGGACUGAAGCGCAUCAAGACACUGGAUGGUUUCAAAGAGGUUGUAACAGACAACAGGGUUGCUGAGAAGAUAGAACAAAUAUACAAACAUCUUGACAAUAUCGAUGUAUGGCUUGGAGGGCUCGUUGAGAACAUGUUGCCAGGCUCAAGAACUGGUCCCCUCUUUGCUUGCCUGAUUGGAAAGCAGAUGAAAGCACUUCGUGAUGGCGAUAGGUUUUGGUGGGAGGCUGAAGGAAUAUUCAGCCAGCAACAGAAGGCUGAGCUUAUUAAAGGUUCUUUGUCUCGCAUCAUCUGUGACAACAGCGACAUAAGGGAAGUUCCUCCUGAUUCUUUCAGGUUUGGGAAUUACCCCUACGAUUACAUCUCUUGUGAUCAAAUGCCAUCAAUUCAUUUGGAAGCUUGGAGAGAGGAGAAGAGUCAAGACUUAGAACAGUGCAGUACUCCAAGAAAGAUAAAGAAUGGGGAUUUUAUUUUGUCCUCUGCAUAUGGCAAACUGGUCGCUUUGUACUCCUGUUACCAUGGUUUCAAGUUAAAGGGUGCUGCUGCAAUAGUUUGUGAGGGAUAUCGGUGGAGUGAUCAACCCCCACAAUGUGAAGGGAAUCAUCACUAAGUUGUUGAGAAUGCAGCGGCUCAAGAAAUGCUUCGUUAUAUAACCAAAAGAAACCUCAGGAAAACAUUGCUAUCCUUGCUCUUUUUAUUUCAUGAUUUUGUUGACUAACAGUAUGUUUUUUGAAAAAUGACAUUUUUGUUUAAAUCAAACCUUAUUUUAACUAUAACUCUUGUCAUGAUUUGAUACUAUGAAUAAAAUUGAAUUGAAUUUUAAUUAAGAUGGGUUUUUUAAAUAAUAACUGCUAAUAUUCUUUCACCUGUUUUAUAUUUGGUAGACUUUAACUUUAAUUGCAAUAAGUUGAAUUUUGCUUAAUAAAAAUAUAUACACCUAUACACCUUUAAAUCCAAGCCAUUUUCGUCAUUCUUUUCUUACAGUACAUUGCACAAUUUAUACAAGGCUUUAUUUGAAAUUACUUUUUCAGUGCAGCUUUUACCGUUCUUAACAUGACGUAACAUUUUUUUUUUCAUAAGAUGAUAUCAGCUUCUGAAAACAUUAAACAGCCGCACAUUUUUAAUAAAUCACUGACACUGUGAUAGUUCUCAUACGCUAGCUCAUAGUGCAACAUUUUCUUCAGAAAAGUUAUUGCUAAUAAAGUAGCAGCAACAUGAUCUGAUAAACCCCCUAUAAUAAAACAGGAAUGUUAUUUUGUUUUGAAAUCUGGCCAAAUUAGUCAUACCUUAACAUGAAAAUGAUUGGUGUCCUAGUCUGCCUUGCAGUGUAACCUGAGAGCCGAACAUACAUGACAUAACUGUAAGUUAUGUAUUUUUUAAGUUUUGUUUUUCUUGUAUGCUUGAUUGUGGUGAUUGUCAUCCUAAUAAUGCUUCUAAUUGAAUGUGUAUAUUUAUCUUCUCUGGUGUCAAAAAGAAUAAGCUAAGUCUAAGCAUAAUUAGCAUUAUUAGACCGCACAUAGUCUAUAUCCACGACGUUCCACUUCUUGGAUGCUCCGGUGCUGAUGGAAAUUCCGCAGGAUCAUGCUCUUUUCGCCAGGACGUCCGUUACCUUCUGCUUUCUUUGUGUUGGAAUUUCAAACUCCGGUGGA